UGAAUUUAAUUUCGUAUGUAUGGCCAAGGCAGGUCACGUGGUUUUAAUAAAAAACAACAUCAAUUCAAUUGCGAUUUAAUUCAAAGUGUAGAAAUAAUAAAACAACUAGUAAAAGAUGUUUCGAUUACAAGAUCUUCCAAAAAGAUUGAUAAUGUCAUAGAUGAUCUCCACAAGCGAAACAAAUGUAUCCGUUUCGCAGAUAAAUCUCCGGCUGGAUGGGCUGCUGUCGACGAAUACUUAUUCGACGAUCUUGCCAGCGAUUCAGAGGAUGACAAAAAGAUAAAGGCUGCGGAAAACCGGGCUCUGAACAAGAAAAAGCCGACCAGGAGAAAGUCAACAUUCGAGCAUGUUCCACGUCGGCCCCCAUACCAGUCUUCCUCAUUCACACACCCUUCGCAGCAUCAAAAUUUUAUCCCCUUUGGCUCACAAUCUGCGCCUCCGGGGAGGCCAAUCUUCGGGCUAUCUCAACAGCAACCGAGAUUUGCGAAUCAAUACCAGCGAAGUUACCAACAGCCACAACAGCGAUCUCUGUGUUUCGGAUGCGGAAAACAAGGACAUUGGCGAAAGGACUGCCCUGACCUUAAACAACCCUAA